CUCAACCAAUCAGCAUCCUCUGGAGAAUCGGCAGCGCUAGCUAGGCAACUAGCUUCACGUAGCCCCACAUUGCUUUCUAGCACUUUCCGCGAUAUAUGUUUUAUAUUUCAUUAUAAACGAGAGUGUAAUAAUCCAUUUCAGUAAAGAAGAAAGCCCGGUCGCGUGGGGACGACACCAAACUGAAGCGAUGACAGGCUCAAAUGAAUACAAGCUGAACCAGGGUCCAGAGGACAGCAUCUCUGCUGUCAAGUUCAGCCCCAGCACAGCCCAGUUCCUGCUGGUUUCCUCCUGGGACAGCACCGUCCGUCUCUUUGAUGUCGUAAACAACACCAUGCGGAUGAAGUACCAGCACACAGCUCCAGUUCUUGACUGUGCUUUUUAUGAUCCAACACAUUCUUGGAGUGGAGGAUUAGAUGCACAGCUAAAAACUCAUGAUUUGAACACAGACCAAGAUACAAUAGUUGGAACACAUGAUGCUCCCAUUCGUUGUGUGGAAUACUGUCCAGAGGUAAAUGUCAUGGUAACGGGUAGCUGGGACAGAUCAGUUCGGCUGUGGGAUCCAAGGACGCCUUGCAAUGCUGGCACCUUUACUCAGCCAGAAAAGGUGUAUACCCUCUCCGUGGCUGGAGAUAGGCUGAUUGUUGGCACGGCUGGAAGACGAGUCCUGGUGUGGGAUUUGAGGAACAUGGGCUACGUACAGCAAAGAAGAGAGUCCAGUCUCAAAUAUCAGACCCGCUGCAUUAGAGCCUUCCCCAACAAACAGGGCUACGUCUUGAGUUCAAUUGAGGGACGUGUAGCUGUGGAGUACCUGGACCCAAGCCAGGAGGUUCAGAAGAAGAAAUACGCCUUCAAGUGCCACAGGCUGAAAGAAGAAGGAAUUGAGCAUGUUUACCCUGUCAAUGCAAUCUCAUUUCACAGUGUUCAUAACACCUUUGCCACGGGUGGCUCGGAUGGCUUCGUGAACAUCUGGGACCCGUUCAAUAAGAAGCGUCUAUGCCAGUUCCACAGGUACCCGACCAGCAUUGCCUCACUGGCUUUCAAUAAUGAUGGCACCAUGCUCGCAAUUGCCUCCUCUUACAUGCACGAGAAGGGAGACAUCAGCCAUCCAGAGGACGCCAUCUUCAUCCGCCAAGUCACAGAUGCUGAAACCAAACCCAAGUCAACCUAAGGCUCCCUCAAAAUGGUUCCCACUGGGUAUGACGCCUUUAUCACAUUUGGGUUAUCUGCUGGCAUCCAGUGAACUAUUAUCAUGUUGUUUCCUGUCAUUUAGUUUCUACAGUGUUUAUUAAAACUUUUCUUCUCUUUUCUAGCUCUUGUUAAAUAUUUCAUUGUUCCAUGUAUGUUCUAACAAUGAACUGUUGUUUUUGUCCAUUAAAACUGAUCUAUAUACA